GGCAUUUUUAGCUCUCGGGAAUUCCUCCAGCACCGAGGGGUGUUCCUUAACCUUUGAUAUUGAUGCAAGAGGCAUCUUGAUUGUGUCAGGUGAGAAGAUGGCUCAGAAGGCUGAGAAGUACAAGGCUGAAGAUGAAAAGCACAAGAACAUGGUAGAGGCGAAAAAUGUGUUGGAUAAUGCCUACAGCAUCAGAAACUGCGUUGUAUAUAAUAUUAUCAGUUUGAAACUGGUUGAAGAUGGCAAGAACAUUGAAGAUGCUAUUGAUCAGGCGAGCGAUGGGCUGAAUUCGAACGACCCUGUCAAAACAGAUGAGGUGGAGGACAUGUUGAAGGAGCGUCAGAGUGUCAGCAAUACUAUCAUUGCCAAGAUUGAUCAGGGUGCUGGCAGGUUGCUCGAUGAAGUUCCUCUGUUUGUUGGCAGCGAGACAGCUCCAGCCAUUGGAGAAAUUAACUAGGUUUGUCGAUAUUUUUGAAUAUUAUGACCAAGUAUGGUACUAUAUUUUUCAUGGAUUAUUUGACAUCU